AUUCGACCAACAAUUGAUAUUUAUAUAUACAGAUUCAGAAGUUCCCCUUAUUCCUAGAAAAAAGAAAAAGAAAAGUAGAAUUGGUAAGGCGAUGUUUCAAUUUUUACCAAAGCAAUUCUUAGUGCUGCCUUUAAUACUAGUAGUAAUUGUAGUCCCUCUCUACAUCUCAUUCAAUUUUAGAGAAUCCAAACCAGAAGAAAUCAGUUCUUCUCAGUCUGAAGAAACCCCAAUGGCCACCAACGCUUUUGGUGUGAAGGUUGAAAAAAAUCCCGCUCAAUCCAAACUCACUGAGCUUGGAGUCACAACAUGGCCCAAGUGGUCAUGUGGUCCAAGCAAAUUCCCAUGGUCAUUCACUGCCACAGAGACUAUGUAUCUGCUGGAGGGCAAAGUGAUUGUUCAAGUUGAUGGGCAUGAAGGAUCUUUCACAAUUGGGGCUGGUGAUUUGGCUGUGUUCCCAAAAGACAUGAAGGUCACUUGGGAUGUGAUUGAAGCUGUAAACAAGCAUUAUAGCUUGGAAAAGUAAAGGGUCUUGCUGCUGGUUAAGCGUGCUAUCUAUCAACCAGAUUGUACUAUUAUUUUUACCUUGGACGACCGAAUAUUAGUAAUAUAUGUCGUAUUUGUACGUGUUUUGCACCUUGCGACGCUGAAUGCAUGGAUACUCUAGUGUUACUGUAGGGUACUAAAUUAAAAUUAAC